GGGAUAAAUAAAAGUACGGACUCUUUUUCUCUCUCUAAACCAAACCCUUAAUAAACCCCUCCAUACGCCCUUGCCACAUCUAUUGCAUGCUUUUUGUUCGGUUCCUCAUCCCUCCUCCCUUUUUCUCCUCUUCCCCGAAACAGAAUCAAACACCUAUAUAUAUAUAUAUAUAUCAUCUCUCUGUAACGAUUCUACAUAUACAUAUACAUAUAUAGAGAGAGAAGAGCAACAAGAAGAAGAAGAUAUCAUUUUUUCAUGGCUGUUGAGGCUCGGCACCUCAACAUCUUCCCUUCUCAAAUCAUCGGCAACAGGGAAAUCAUGAACGGAACAGAAAACAACGUGAUUAAUGCCUACAACAAUCUGAUCGGAUACGGAUUGCCUCCGUUAUCUGGGACGACGACAGAGACUCUGCUCCCGCUGUAUAACAAUAACUCGGCCAUGAAAUCCGACAGCGGUCUUUCCUACGCCAUUCCAUCGGUUUCUAGAAAACGCACGAGAGAUUCGAUUAAUCCACUGAUUUCCUUCCCCAACAGCCAGAUUUACAACCAAAGCAACAAUCGAUGCAACUCUUUCACCUUCCUUGGCGAAGACGUCUCGUUGCAGAUCCAUCAACAGCAGUUGGAGAUCGAUCGCUUCAUUGCCCAACAUACGGAGAAGGUGAGACUAGAGAUGGAGGACAGGCGGAAGAGGUAUUCUCGGAGGAUUAUAGCGGCGGUGGAGGAAGGAGUUGUGAAGAGAUUGAGAGCCAAGGAAGAAGAGAUAGACAAGAUUGGGAAGUUGAAUUGGGCGCUGGAAGAAAGAGUGAAGUCGCUUUUUGUCGAGAACCAGAUAUGGAGAGACUUGGCCCAGUCGAACGAGGCCACGGCCAACGCUCUCAGAACCAACCUUGAACAAGUACUCGCGCACGUCAACGACGAGCAGCAGAACCUCGCCGGCGCGUUGGACCAAGCGCCGCCGGCGCGGGCGGAUAUGACAGACGACGCGGAGUCGUGCUGCGGCAGCAAUUACGAGGACAAGGGGAGUGUUGAAUGCGGAGGUGGUGGGAGUGGAAAUGAGAGGCUGUGCAGGAAGUGUGGGAAGGUGGAGUCGUGCGUGUUGCUGUUGCCGUGCAGGCAUCUCUGUCUCUGUGCUGUUUGUGGGUCGUCGGUUCAUGCUUGCCCCGUCUGUAACGCCGUCAAGAACGCCAGUUUGCACGUUAUCAUGCCCUCUUGAACUUUAUCCAGAAAAAGAAAA